AUGGAUCAAACUUUUUAAGAUUAGGAAGCUCUAGCUGACAUCUAUACUUAAGUUAAAGAUGUAGAUGAACAACUAUUUGGUGUCUUAUUGGAAAUAAUUCGAAAGGAAAAAGUUUAUGACUACAUUAGAUAUCUUUUGGAUAAUGGAAAUCAAAAACAUUUAGAAGAAUAAAUCUUACAACAAAGAGAGAAUUUAAAACAAGCUUAUAAUGAAAUGAAAUUGUAUGAUUUUAGAAAGAAUAUAUAACAAAUUACUGAUGUCCUAAAAAAAAUAAAAGAUCAUAAAUUUAAUAAGAAAGAUUAUUCAAAUGAAGAAAAUUAAGAAUCUAUAAAAGAUCUGAUUAAAAGAAUUCGGUAUAAUAAAAAGAUCAUCGAAUUUUUGUAUUUUUUAGUUCAGCUCACAUCCUUAGAUAACACUUUAAUUUAAUGUGGUUCUAAUUCAUUACAUAUCUUAGUUUAAAUGAAGGUUGAUAUGACAAAUAAAAAUUUUGAUCAAGAUGUAAAAUACUUCUCUAGUAGGAGCUAAUUUUUUUCGAUGCAAUUUAAGUGGAUCUGAAUUUAAUAAUGUUAACAUUAGUGGAAUGAAUAUGAAUAGAGCAUUAUUAUUGAAUUGUAAAUGGAACAACUUAAGAAUUCAAGAAUUAAACUAAUUAAAAGGUCAUGGUGGUUUUGUAAGAUCAGUCUGUUUCUCUCUUGAUGGAAAUACAGUAGCAUCUGGUUAGGAUGAUAACUCUAUUCGUCUAUGGGAUAUUAAAACAGGAUAAUAAAAAGCCAAAUUACAUGGUCAUACAAAUGGUAUCAACUCAGUGUGUUUCUCUCCCGAUGGAAUUAAAUUAGCAUCUAGUAGUUUUGAUAACUUUAUCCGAUUAUGGGAUGUUAAAACAAGAAAAAAGAUGGCCAAAUUGAUUGGUCAUACUAAUUUUGUCAACUCGGUCUGUUUCUCUCCUGAUGGAAAUACGUUAGCUUCUGGUAGUAGUGAUAUGUCUAUAUGUCUAUGGGAUGUUAAAACUGGAUAAUAAAAAGCAUAAAUAGAUGGUCAUACUAGUGGAGUCUUAUCAGUCUGUUUCUCUCCUGAUGGAAAUACAUUAGCUUCUGGUAGUAGUGAUAAGUCUAUAUGUCUAUGGGAUGUUAAAACUGGAUAAUAAAAAGCCUAAAUAGAUGGUCAUACUAGUGGAGUCUUUUCAGUCUGUUUCUCUCCUGAUGGAAAUACAUUAGCUUCUUGUAGUAAGGAUUUGUCUAUCCGUCUUUGGGAUGUAAAAACAGGAUAAUAAAAAGCCUAAUUGGGUGUUCAUUAAUUAUCAGUCAACUCAGUCUGUUUCUCUCCUGAUGGAAAUACUUUAGCUUCUGGUAGUUGGGAUAAAUCUAUCCGUCUAUGGAAUGUAAAAACAAGAUCAUAAAAAGCCAAAUUAGAUGGUCAUGAUGAACCUGUUACAUCAGUCUGUUUCUCUCUUGAUGGAAAUACUUUAGCUUCUGGUAGUUGGGAUAAAUCUAUCCGUCUAUGGGAUUUAAAGAUAGGAUAAGAAGAUAAAUCCUUGGAUAAACAUAACAAAGAUGUUUUAAUAUAAUCGAAGAUUUCAUUCCAAAAAAAUAGUCCUCUCUCAGAAGAUAGUAUUUAUCUUUUUCAUAUUUUUAGUCUCCAUAUACACUACUAAAGUCCUUAUAUCUUAAAAGGCAAUAUUUUAAGCAUAAGGAGCACUUAUUUUGAAAGGAGAGUUCAUAAAUAAAUCAGGGAUAGAUUUAAAAAAAUUAUUGAAAAAAAAAGGAAGUUGCUUUUUGAAAAGCUUGUAGUACAAAUAUAGUUACAAUAAAUUUCUUAAAUUUUUUAACUAAGUCUUUAUCAGUUCCACCCUUCAUCUUCAUUACAUUAGAUAGAAAAUAAGCAUUUAUUUUUCAAAAGUUUUCCUAUCAUUUUAGAAAAAUGUAGGGAAUAUUUAUUGA